UUGUACGUGAUUGGUGGAAGAUCGACGCAAUUUGAGCUUUCGAUUGUACAAAGGUAUGAUGUCACAACUAAGGAUUGGACUCCAUCAUGCAAACUUGAAAGCCCCCGUGCAUAUUCAGCUGCUGCCAGACAUGGCAACAAAAUCUACCUGAUUGGAGGAAUUAGCAACAACCAGCCACUUAAUUCCGUACGGAGUUUUUCACCUUAUUCUGACGAUGAGACCUGGAAAGUUGAAAAAAUGAUGCCAUUUGCCAGAAGAAACUUCGCUUCUGCUGUGCAUGAUAAUCAAAUCUUUAUCUUUGGUGGAACGGGUAUGCCGAAAGCCAUGGUCAACACGGAGUCAACGGAAGUUUGCUUGAAAAGUGUGCAAAGCUUCCUACCUGAUUUCCAGUUCUGGCAGAACCAUACUGACAUGCCCAUAGAAAAGCAGUUCUGUGCGGCAGUCAGCUUUGGAGAUAGAAUCUACGUCAUGGGAGGCUAUUCUAACGUUGAAGGGGACGAUCUCGAUACAGAACUGGAUUCCAUGCACAGCUACGAUCCUGUUCUACGUGCGUGGAAGGCAGAGCCGCCAAUGCCAACGCCAAGAGCAAACUUUCAGGCUGUUGCGAUCGCGGGCAGGAUUUACGCGAUUGGUGGCAUGUCAGGAGGGUUACAAAAGGCAGACGUGGAGAGCUUCGAUCCGACUACUAGGGAGUGGAGAAUUGAGCCUCCUCUCAAUCAGAAACGCAGUGCCUUCGCAGCUGAAUGCUUCAACGGAUAUAUCUAUGUCGCAGGAGGAAUCGUCGGAAGCUCCGAAAUCAGCAUGGUGGAAUGCUUCGACCCCUAUUCCCAAAGGUGGACGGUAGAUUCAUCCCUUCCGACUCGACGA